CUAUACGUUAAUGAUAAUUUUAUUUCAAUGUGACAAAACGUUGUUCAUUUGCUGACGUUUGCUGUGGUAAUCAAUUCUGGUUCAAUAAACAUUUUUAUUUUGCAUUCUAUGUCUGAUUAGCUAUGGACAUCAAUGAAUAUAGAUUAUACAAUGAAUUAUCGCUGUUGGGAGAAACGGACCAAAAUGACUACGACAAUAAUGUUUUACAUGACAUUCUCAACUCAUCCGCAUUCUGCAAUGAUACAUCGCUAGAUCUGAACGAAUUAAUACCUGACCAUCAAAAUGAACUAUUUGAAUUGCAUUUCUCGUCAAACCCCAAAGCUUUAGAAUGUAGCUCGAAUACAAUGUCUUCGAGUUUCGCUAUUUCUGGUGAAAUUAAAAGAAAUGUAAAUAAUAUGCCUGAACACAAUGCUUCUUCGACUAUAAGUUUAAGCAGUUCAAAUGAUUAUUCUAACGAAUUACCGGAAGAAGCACCAUAUCCACUAAUAGUCCAUUCAGAUAAAGUUGAACAAUUUUUUGAACAUACUAAUGUUACGAGAUUCAACAAAGAAUUCAACAGCACGUUUUCUAACCUAUCUGAUAUCAAAGACGUUUUUCAGGAAAACUCCCAGGCAUUGGGUUUUACUUCAUAUAACACUUCUAGAAUUAAUUCAUCUUUAACCAAUACCUGGCCAAUAAAUACUAAGCUGUACACAGAUCAUCAGGUAUCAAAAACUGAUUUACCUUUGUCAAAGACAAUAUAUUUAACUUCACAUGAUUACAAAGCACUUACAACAGUAAAAUGUAAGGGAGAUAGGGCCUUUAAAAGAAAUUUUAAUGUCGGGUCUAAGAUUUCACAUAAUGUCAUAAACAAAAAAAAUGCAACAAUUGUACAAUCAUUAAAAGGAAGCACUGAAUCACAUACAAUAAAUGAAAAAAUCUACAAAAAACAUCAACGUAUGAUUAAGAACCGGGAGUCUGCUUCCUUAUCCCGCAAAAAAAGAAAGGAGUAUGUUGUUUCAUUGGAGACUCGAAUAAAUAACCUUGAAAAAGAAUGCAAAGGACUUACCGCUGAAAAUGUUACAAUACGGGAUCAGUUAUUCAUGUUUGCAACGUCUUGCCAGUGUGAAUCUGGAAAUGCAAGCGGUCUUUUACUUAACUAUUCAGGAUCUGAAGGAAACGAAAAAAAAACCGGAAGUUUUACAUCAAAGGCAAAGCAUUGCAAUAAUAAUAAUACCGCGGGAAACAUUAAAAAAAAUGUCGCUAUAUUAUUUGCUAUGGCUUUUAUGGUAUCUCUGAAUGCUGGAAAUUUUCAAAAAUAUCUUAACAUUCCAAAUAACAUGGAAGGCAGAAGUGAUCUUGAGCCUAUCGGAAAACAAUUAAGCAUGUCCAGUCGACGGUUACUCUGGGCUGAUUCAGAGGAAGAAUAUAAAGAACACAACAAAUUAAAUACAUUUCUUUCAGACAAACCGGCUGAAUCACCUCUUUAUUUUUUAAGUUCUGGUAAACACAACCAUAAUAUUAAUUCUUUAGAAAACAUUUCCAAAAAUGUAUCUCAAACAUACUCUUUUAAUGAACCUCCACCAUUAACAUAUUUGACUACAGAAAACUGUAUAAGCAAGUGCAGGUCCUUCAAUUCUUCAUCCAAUCAAUCUAAAUAUUUUUUACUCGCGCAAAAUUUACAUAAAUGGAUUAGCGGCACUGUUAACAUGUCGUCGAAAAUUGCAAACGAGAAAGAGGACUCAAAUGGUUUUGAAUUAUUAAAUAAUUCCUUCGAGAAAAACCGUGACAUACACAUCAAACACAAAAAGCAAAAAAUGUUUAUUGAUUUAAAUGAUUACCCUACUGUUUUACCGGAAAAACAGCGAAAGCUAAACCAUACGAAAUCUUUUGAAAAUAUGCGCGAACAAAUUAAUGUAAUUAGUCAAAUUAAAAGAAUGGAUGAUACUUUCUACGUAUUUUCUUUUAAUAUGGAUCAUGCACUAUUUCCAGCAUUAAGUUAUAACAGUAGUUAUCGGCCAAAAUUGUCGUUGGUACUUCCCUUAGAAAAUCCCGGAAUUAACGGUAAAAUGAAAAUGAUCCAGGUAGACUGUGAAGUAUUUAAUACUAAAGACAUAGAAGUAAGUCAUCGUUUGCUUUCGGCUAAACUUCGUCAAAAUAUCGUUCAACGAAAACCCAACAAGCAAAAUAUAAAAAAAGGUGGUACUGAAAAACCAGUUAAUACAAAACGCGACCAAAACACGAUAAUUCGCCAAACCCCAAGAGUGCGUAAUUUCUACAAGGUCGGCUCUAGAAAUCAAGCUACCGCCGCAUCUAGUUUUAAAAUAGAAACACAUUUUAAAAACAAAUAACUACCAUUAUUACCUUGUUGCACUGUAUAUUACAGUAGCGCAACAUUUAAUUAUACCCGCAACCCGUAGAGUAAAAGGUUGUACAGGUUAAGGAAGACCCUAUAAAAUAUAUAUAUUCUUAUCCAGCUUGUGUCGGGUCAAUCUGACCAUGCUCGUCUAUCUGUGUGUCUUUACGUACAAACGCUGAAUUUCGACAAAUUUUAAAAAUGUUUUUUAUUUAAUUUUUUGUUUGGCCAAUUUUUAUCAGUAAACCAAAUACAUUUUGGUCACCCCCACUCCGUAAAAGCAAGUUAGGUGUAUCUAUGAUAAUCUUGGAAAUCGACUUUAGCUUUAUUCAUUAAAACUGUUUAUAUGAACGAAGAAGCAAGUUUAAAGUAAGUGAGCUUCAAAGCACAAAAUUAAAAUGCCAAACAAAUAAACAAUUUUGAAGAACAUUUAAUAAUAAACACCUUUAACUUUUGUGUUGUAAA